AUGCAGUUUCAACAGCAGCCGCAGUACGGCCAGGAAGAGGUGGAUGCGAGACCGCAGGACACCGCCGCCGAGGCCCAGCAUGGCGAGCCACGAUCGUGCGAGGGGGAUUUCUCAGGGGCGCAGGAGUCGCGCGUGUUGCGUCUUCACGGGCUGCCGUACUCCGUGCAGGAGGAGACCAUUCGCGCCUUUUUCGCAGACUUCGAACUGGCCGAUGAGGAUGCCGUCUUGCACUUCACAGAUGGGUUGCACCGUGGCACCGGCUUUGUCCGCCUGAAGAAAGCCGAGGACAUGGAGGAGGCCAUCAGGCGGCUCCACCGCCACCACAUUGACUCCAACCGCUACGUAGAGCUCACCGCCUCGAGCGAGGAGGAGCGCCAGCGGACACUGGAACAGCAAGAGCAGGGGUGCAAGACGCAAGUCCUGCGGCUUCGGGGACUGCCGUUUACCUCCACAGAGGAAGACGUGAGGGAGUUUAUCAAGUCCGUCCCUGGUGUCACACGCGUGGAUAUCUGCCGAGACUUGGAAGGCCGCAACACGGGGGAUGCGUUUAUUCAGCUUUCUACUGAAGAAGAUGUUGAGGUGGCAAAGCAGCUUCACAAUAAAACAAUGGGUUCACGCUAUAUCGAGGUAUUGCCAUCCACAAUGUAUGAUCGCGAUGCCAUUAUGCGAGCUGCCAGUCUGCGCGCACGCCGUGAUCGUCGUGGACAACGUGCUGGUGAAGGCCCUCAGAUGGGGUCCCGCAACCAUGGCAAUGGCGCUGCUCCUGGUGCAAUGCAAAUGUUGACACCGAACUUUUUUGACCCAUUUCUUGCUGCAUACAUGGGAUACAUGCCCCAGAUGACCUUUGGGAAUGAGUUGCAGCAAAACCCGUACGACCGUAGUGGUAUGGCCCAAGGCGCACCGUACGGGGUCGCCGGUGGCCCACAGCCGCUCUUCCCGAUGUUUCCCGGCCAGGCACCGAUGAUGGCGCCGCGUGCGCCGAGCAACCACGUAGUUCGCAUCCGCGGUGUGCCGUAUUCGGCGACGGAGGAGUCCAUAGCUGAGUUCUUCGCGGGGGUGAAGAUCCCGCCUCAGGGGGUUCACAUGGUGUACAACGAGCAAAACCGGCCCACUGGAGAGGCGUUUGUGGAACUGGAGAAUGACUCCGAUGUGGUGGCGGCGCUGGAGCGAAACGGAGGCGCCAUGGGGAACCGCUACAUUGAGGUCUUUCAGAGUAGCGUGGCGGCAAUGCAGCGGCUAGGGAGCCCACUCGCGGGGAUGAACAUGAUGCAGUAUCCCAUGCCGGGGCUGGGCAUCAUGCCUCAGUCGUACUGCUGA